UGGGCUGCCGGGAAGGGGCGGAGCGCGGCCGCGCCGGCGCGUCGAGCCAGAAGCAGCCGCCGGGAUGGACGUGUUUCUCAUGAUCCGGCGCCACAAGACCACCAUCUUUACGGACGCCAAGGAGUCGAGCACCGUGUUCGAACUGAAGCGCAUCGUCGAGGGCAUCCUCAAGCGGCCGCCGGAGGAGCAGCGGCUUUACAAGGAUGACCAGCUCCUUGAUGAUGGCAAAACUCUGGGCGAGUGUGGCUUCACUAGCCAGACAGCACGGCCACAGGCCCCAGCCACAGUGGGCCUGGCCUUCCGAGCAGAUGACACCUUCGAAGCUCUCCGCAUUGAGCCCUUCUCCAGCCCUCCAGAGCUUCCAGAUGUGAUGAAGCCACAGGAUUCUGGAGGCAGUGCCAAUGAACAAGCUGUGCAGUGAGGGCCUAGGCCUACCCCCUAGAGACCCAUUCCCCCAAUAAAAAAAAUUUGGCUGUCUACCUGAUUGACUUUUCUGUUCCCUCUUGCCCCAAGUAAAGACUACAGACCAAU